CGAGAGAGGAUAAGAAAGUUUCAUAAACGUGAAACUUCCUCUCUUUUUUCCACUCUGCCUCUCGAAACCACAAAUCAAUAGCAAAUUGAAAUACAAUACAAAAAAUGGCACAAUCACUAGCCGUACCUGUACUACCUUCAUUUUCCCUCAUCUGCAACACUACCUCUUCAAAACGCACCUCCAGCUCCUUUUCUUUGCCCGCCUCAUCAGUUCCCCCAAAGAUUGGUGGGUUGAGUAUAAGGUGUGCUCGCGUGGGAGGAGUGGAGAUACCAAACAGCAAAAGGGUGGAGUUUUCUUUGCAGUAUAUUCAUGGGAUUGGGCGUACAACAGCUAAGCAGAUACUGGUUGACCUUGGAAUGGACAACAAAUUCACAAAGGACUUGUCUGAAGAAGAACUCACCUCUCUCCGUGAAGAAGUCUCCAAGUACAUGAUUGAAGGAGAUCUUAGGAGGUCUACUGCACUUGCAAUUAGGAGGCUAAAGGAGAUCCAAUGUUACCGAGGUGUGAGGCAUAUUCAGGGAUUGCCCUGUAGAGGGCAACGUACAAAGAACAACUGCCGGACCCUGAAGGGCAAGAAGGUUACUGUUGCUGGAAAGAAGAAGGCACCUCGCUAAAUUGCGAGGAUUUGAUUUGGCCAUUCCAAGUUGUCUAGCGACCAAUGCUGUUCCAACAAUCCUUCAGGCUGUGCCAGAUUCUUUAUGCCUUUAAUUGGUGUCAUUGUAGAGGUAUUCACUCCGAUAGAUUAGCAUCCUAGUCCAUUUAGCUACUUGAAAGUUAGUAGAAGGGAUUUUUUUGAGGGGGCAAGAACGCUGUUGUUUAAUUGCAUUUAGUACUUUUAAGCCACUUGCGUUGCAACUCUGAAUUUGCUUUGGCUCAGCCAACAGCACCAAAUGCUCAUAAUACAAACUUCAGUUAGAGACUAUCAAGUGGCCUACUUUCUGUGUCCGCCACAAAUUGGGCAUUUCCAUAUCCAAAAAUGAGUUUGUAUUAUUGGA